AUGUCUUCCAACCAGUCGGACAAGGUCCCUGAGGGCACCGGCCCCAAGCCUACUGACGCCCAGAUGCGACUGUUGGCCAUCAUGAUGCAAAACAUGAAGGGCAAGCCCGAGUUCGAUUGGGAUGGCAUCGUCGCACAGGCCGGCUACAAGAAUGUCACGACUGCCAAAUCCGUCUACAGCCAGAUGCGCAAGAAAUUCGGCUGGAACAUGGGAAACACUGCCUCCACCAACACUCCUAGCCCGGCCAAACCUGCUAGCAACGCGAUUGCUGGUUCCUCCUCGUCCUCCUCCAGCAACCAUCUCGUUGGAGGCGCCAAGACUCCCACGAAGGUCGGCAAGAAUCCGGGCAAGGGUGGCUCCUCUGCGAAGAAGCCCCGCAGCAAGAAGGUGAAGGCGGAGCUCGAGGGAGAUGGCAAGGAGGGUAAUACCUCCGGUGUCGAUGCCCCCAUCAAAACCGAGCGAGGCGAGUCGAUGUGA